AUGCCAAGUGUGCCAGAAGUGCCAAGUAUGCCAGGUGCGCCAAGUGUGCCAGGUGUGCCAAGUGUGCCAGAUGUGCCAAGUGUGCCACGUGCGCCAAGUGUGCCAGAAGUGCCAAGUAGCACAAGUGGGUCAGGUGUGCCAAGUGUACCAAGUGUGCCAGAUGAACCAAAAGUGCCAAUGGUGCCAAGUGUGCCAGAAGUGCCAAUGGUGCCAAGUGUGCCAGAAGUGCCAAGUGUGCCAGAAGCGCCAAGUGUGCCAGAAGUGCCAGGUGUGCCAAGUGUGCCAGAAGUGCCAAGUGUACCAGGUGUGCCAGGUGUGCCAAGUGUACCAUGUGUGCCAGGUGUGCCGAGUGUGCCAGGUAUGCCAAGUGUACCAGGUGUGCCAAGUGUGCCAGAAGUGCCGAGUGUGCCAAGUGUGCCAAGUGUGCCAGGUGUGCCAGAAGUGCCAAGUGUGCCAGAAGCGCCAAGUGUGCCAGAAGUGCCAAGUGUACCAGGUGUGCCAAGUGUGCCAGAAGUGCCAAGUGUACCAGGUGUGCCAGGUGUGCCGAGUGUGCCAGGCGUGCCAAGUGUACCAUGUGUGCCAGGUGUGCCAAGUGUGCUAGAAGUGCCAAGUGUGCCAGAAGUGCCAAGUGUGCCAGGUGUGCCAAGUGUGCCAGGUGUGCUAGGUGUGCCAGGUGUACCAGGUGUACCAAGUGUGCCAGGUGUGCCAAGUGUACCAAGUGUGCCAAGUGUGCCAGGUGUGCCAAGUGUGCUAGGUGUACCAAGUGUGCCAGGUGUGCAAAGUGUGCCAAGUGUGCCAGAAGUGCCAAGUGUGCCAGAAGUGCCAAGUGUGCCAGAAGUGCCAGAAGUGUCAAGUGUACCAGGUGUGCCAAGUGUGCCAAGUGUGCCAGAAGUCCCAGAAGUGUCAAGUGUACCAGGUGUGCCAAGUGUGCCAAGUGUGCCAGAAGUGCCAAGUGUUCCAGGUGUGCCAAGUGUGCCAGAAGUGCCAAGUGUGCCAGGUGUGCCAGGUGUACCAAGUGUGCCAAGUGUGCCAAGUGUGCAAGGUUUGCCAAGUGUGCCAAGUGUGCCAGGUGUACCAAGUGUGCCAAGUGUGCCAAGUGUGCAAGGUGUGCCAAGUGCGCCAAGUGUGCCAGGUGUGCCAAAUGUUGCAGGUGUGCCAAGUGUACCAGAAGUGCCAAGUGUGCUAGGUGUGCCAAGUGUGCCAGAAGCGCCAAGUGUGCCAGAAGUGCCAAAUGUGCCAGAAGUGCCAAGUGUACCAAGUGUCCCGAGUGUGCCAGGUGUGCCGAGUGUGCCAGGUGUGCCAAGUGUACCAAGUGUGCCAGGUGUGCCAAGUGUGCCAGAAGUGCCAAGUGUGACAGAAGUGCCAAGUGUGCCAGGUGUGCCAAGUGUACCAGAAGUGCCAGGUGUGCUAGGUGUGCCAGGUGUACCAGGUGUACCAAGUGUGCCAGGUGUGCCAGGUGUGCCAAGUGUGCCAGAAGUGCCAAGUGUGCCAGAAGUGCCAAGUGUGCCAGGUGCGCCAAGUGUGCCAGGUGUGCCAAGUGUGCCAGAAGUGCCAAGUGUGCCAAGUGUGCCAGAAGUGCCAGAAGUGUCAAGUGUGCCAGGUGUGCCAGGUGUGCCAAGUGUGCCAGGUGUGCCAAGUGUGCCAAGUGUGCCAGAAGUGCCAAGUGUUUCAGGUGUGCCAAGUGUGCCAGAAGUGCCAAGUGUGCCAGGUGCGCCAAGUGUGCCAGGUGUGCCAAGUGUGCCAGAAGUGCCAAGUGUUCCAGGUGUGCCAGAAGUGCCAAGUGUGCCAGGUGUGCCAGGUGUACCAAGUGUGCCAGGUGUGCCAAGUGUGUCAAGUGUGCAAGGUUUGCCAAGUGUGCCAGGUGUGCCAAAUGUGCCAGGUGUGCCAGGUGUGCCAAGUGUGCCAAAUGUGCCAGGUGUGCCAAGUGUGCCAAAUGUGCCUGGUGUGCUAGGUGUGCCAGGUGUGCCAGGUAUACCAAGUGUGCCAGGUGUACCAAGUGUGCCAGGUGUGCCAAGUGUGCCAAGUGUGCAAGGUGUGCCAAGUGUGCCAAGUGUGCCAGGUGUGCCAAAUGUGCCAGGUGUGCCAAGUGUACCAGAAGUGCCAAGUGUGCUAGGUGUGCCAAGUGUGCCAGAAGCGCCAAGUGUGCCAGAAGUGCCAAAUGUGCCAGAAGUGCCAAGUGUACCAAGUGUGCCGAGUGUGCCAGGUGUGCCGAGUGUGCCAGGUGUGCCAAGUGUACCAAGUGUGCCAGCUGUGCCAAGUGUGCCAAGUGUGCCAGAAGUGCCAAGUGUGACAGAAGUGCCAAGUGUGCCAGGUGUGCCAAGUGUACCAAGUGUGCCAGGUGUGCCAGAAGUGCCAAAUGUGCCAGAAGUGCCAAGUGUGCCAAGUGUGGCAGGUGUGCCAAGUGUGCCAGAAGUGCCAAGUGUGCCAGAAGUGCCACGUGUGCCAAGUUUGCCAGAAGUGCCCAGUGUGCCAGAAGUGCCAAGUGUACCAGGUGUGCCAGGUGUGCCAAGUGUGCCAGAAGUGCCAAAUGUGCCAGAAGUGCCGAUUGUGCCAGGUGUGCCAAGUGUGCCAGGUGUGCCAAGUGUGCCAGAAGUGCCAAGUGUGCCAGGUGUGCCAAGUGUGCCAGAAGUGCCAAGUGUGCCAGAAGCGCCAAGUGUGCCAGAAGCGCCAAGUGUGCCAGAAGCGCCAAGUGUGCCAGAAGUGCCAAGUGUGCCAGAAGUGCCAAGUGUGCCAGAAGUGCCAAGUGUACCAGGUGUGCCGAGUGUGCCAGGCGUGCCAAGUGUACCAUGGGUGCCAGGUGUGCCAAGUGUGCUAGAAGUGCCAAGUGUGCCAGAAGUGCCUAGUGUGCCAGGUGUGCCAAGUGUACCAAGUGUGCCAGGUGUUCCAGGAGUGCCAAGUGUGCCAGGUGUAACAAGUGUGCCAGGUGUACCAAGUGUGCCAGGUGUGCCAAGUGGUGUGCCAGGUGUGCAAAGUGUGCCAGGUGUGCCAAGUGUUCCAAGUGUGCCAGAAGUGCCAAGUGUGACAGAAGUGCCAGGUGUGCCAAGUGUACCAAGUGUGCCAGGUGUGCCAGGUGUGCCAAGUGUACCAAGUGGUCCAGGUGUGCCAGGUGUGCCAAGUGUGCCAGAAGUGCCAAGCGUGCCAGAAGUGCCAAGUGUACCAGGUGUGCCAAGUGUGCCAGAAGUGCCAAGUGUGCCAAGUGUGACAGGUGUGCCAAGUGUGCCAGAAGUGCCAAGUGUGCCAAGUGUGCCAGGUGUGCCAAGUGUGCCAAGUUUGCCAGAAGUGCCAAGUGUGCCAGGUGUGCCAAGUGUACCAAGUGUGCCAGGUGUGCCAAGUGUGCCAGAAGUACCAAGUGUGCCAGAAGUGCCAAGUGUGACAGGUGUGCCAAGUGUACCAAGUGUGCCAGAUGUGCCAAGUGUGUCAGGUGUGCCAGAUGUACCAAGUGUGCCAGAUGUGCCAAGUGUGCCAGGUGUGCAAGGUGUGCCAAGUGUGCCAGGUGUGCCAAAUGGGCCAGGUAUGCCAGGUGUGCUAGGUGUGCCAAAUGUGCCAGGUGUGCUAGGUGUGCCAGGUGUGCCAGGUGUACCAAGUGUGCUAAGUGUGCCAGGUGUGCCAGGUGUACCAAGUGUGCUAAGUGUGCUAAAAGUGCCAGGUGUGCCAGGUGUGCCAGGUGUAUCAAGUAUGCCAAAUGUGCCAGGUGUGCCAAAUGUGCCAGGUGUGCUAGGUGUGCCAGGUGUGCCAGGUGUGCGAAGUGUGCCAGGUGUGCCAAAUGUGCCAGGUGUGCCAAAUGUGCCAGGUGUGCUAGGUGUGCCAGGUGUGCCAAGUGUGCCAGGUGUGCCAGGUGUACCAAGUGUGCCAAGUGUGCCAGGUGUGCCAGGUGUGCCAGGUGUGGCAAGUGUGCCAGAUGAACCAAGUGUGCCAGGUGUGCCAGGCCAGCCCAGGACAUGUUUCAGGUGCGGCCUACCAGGCCACCAGGCUGCAGGGUGUGAAGAGUGCCGGGUCACCCCUGUUUACCUCUUCCGGGAGGAGGAUUUUCCCCCGUUGUCAGCCCCGGACCUGUCUCCAAGUACUGGGAUGUGUGUUGCUUCCCUGCCGGCUGAGGCUCCAGUGUUGGAUCCUACGGCUCGCCUGGGUGUGGAUGUGAGUGGUAGUGUGGAUGUUGACAUGGGGGCUGGGGGCGGCCCCACCCCCGCCGCUGGUUUCCCCGCCUGA